AUGGCCUUCAACUUCAACUGGUCUCCAUUGUCUACCGACGCCGGCUUCCUGCCACGCGCGCAAGAACUCCUCACCAAUGCUCUCAAUCGAGCCGACCCUAAGCCUGCGAUUAUUGUCGACGAUAUAAUUGUUAAUGAGCUCAAUCUGGGAGAUGUUCCCCCUGAGCUGGAGAUAUUGGAGAUUGGAGAUCUGGCAGAGGAUAGAUUUCGCGGGACUUUCAAGAUGAUGUACAAAGGCAACGCAUAUCUUACACUGAAGACAAAAGUUCAAGCAAACCCGUUGAAUACAUACCUCAGCACUCGCUCGGCGUUUGCUACACCACGACCUUUGGCUGCUGACACAGGCCUGACGAUACCGCUCCAGAUCACCUUGUCCGAGUUCCGCUUGUCCGGAUUCAUUAUUCUGGUCUUCUCGAGACAAAAAGGCUUGACACUGGUUUUUCGCAACGACCCUCUGGAGUCUCUACGUGUAUCCUCGACUUUUGACGCAAUACCUUUUGUUGCAAACUUUCUUCAGAAGGAGAUUGAAACCCAGCUGCGUGGACUUUUGAUGGACGAGCUACCCGCAAUUAUCCAUCGACUCUCCUUGCAGCUGUUAGUUCCAGAGGACAAAGCACGAGAAGAACGUCAGCUCGGGAGUACGCAGCUAUCAAGGGAUGAAGUUGUGGUUGACCCGUUGGCUAGUCCACCGCAAGACCCAGUCGACUCUACGGGCGCAGUGUUGACCCCAGCAGAAGUCGCGUCUUUAUCAUUGGAUUCAUCCGUCGAGACACAGUCUCUAUUCUCACGAAAGAAUCUCCUACGACUUGCCACCUUGACCGAUUCUCACCGCACAUUGUCUCUGUUUACCCCUCCUAUUCGAGAUGCUGUCUUCCGAGCCUGGACGGGUCCUUUGGAAAGAGGAGAGAUGCCAGGAAUUCUUACCAGGACAACAUCUCCAGUCCUGUCUCGCAGCCACUCGUAUGCUGGAAGUCUGAGCACGUCGACAGCAUAUACCUUGGACAGUGCUUUCUCUCGGCCGACCCUGUCGAGCUUCCCCUCAAGUCAUGGAUUCAGUACAAGUGGUGGAAGACACGGGCAAGCACACAGAGCGCGUAGGAGGAAGAAGCGUGUUGUUGACCUACGCCCACAUCCGGAAACUGGGGAACCUGAAUUGGUCGUCGAAGAUGGUUCGACAGCUGAUUCCACCAGCGUGUCGGAAAGCGCAUCAACCGCGCCUUCUGUCUUCUCAGCGCCUGCUGCCACCAUGUCUUCUGAUCCGACUCAAAGCCUGAAUCCUGUCACGCCGCCAAGAAGCCCCAUCGCUAUCAAGCGCACGGCAAACUUUCAGGGAGGGAUGCGAAGUGUCAGCGAAGGUAUUCCACCACAGGAGGCCAUGGAUGAGAUCGAAGAACCAUCACCAGACAUCCAUCAGACCCCACGAGCCAAGGAUCCCAACGCGACCGUGCGUAUUGGAAAUCGAAGAACACUUCCUUCUUACGAUAACGACGAGACACCUCGGGCUUCGAUGUAUCUACUUGAUCAGAAGGAACCGCCCCUUCCUCGACAACCGGCCGAGCCCAAGGUUGUUGUGGGUGAAAAAUCCGAGCCCCGCCCCAUCGCAGGCCCCUCGCGGCCUGCUCUCCCAAAUUUUCUUCAAUUUGUCGCAGACGCAUCCAACGCGGGCAGUAUUGCCGAACGCGCCUGGAUGUUGAAAAUGGCCAAUGAGAUGGCACACCGGUAUGAAGAGGAAAGGCUUAAAGGCAGCUUUGGACCUUUGCCUCGCGAGGAAGAGACGAUUCCUCCUCCAGCCUAUGCGCGAUGA